AUGUCAUCAUCCACAAAAGUCCUCGUGACAACGGCAACGGGCAACCAAGGAGCCGGUGUGGUCCGUCAUUGUCUAAAAGCCGGCCAUGAAGUCCACGCCCUCGUCCGGGACCCUUCAUCGCCGGCUGCGAAGGCCUUGGCAGAGCUAGGAGCGACUCUGGUGCAGGGCGAUUUGGACGAUCCAAACUCCCUACAGUCCGCUAUGCGGAACAUGGACGCCGUCUUCCUGAACCUCCCAUCAUCACUAAACCGCACCGAAGCUCUCCAGCGGGCCAAAAAUACGAUAUCAGCAGCGCGAUCUUCGCCAACAGUCUCAGCCAUGGUCUGCUCGACAGCGGUCAAGACCGGACAACACGAAACUUUCACAGCUUGGGGCCCUCAACAUCCCAUGUACGACUACUGGUUAUCUAAGCACGCCAUUGAGAAUCUCGUUCGAAGUGCAGGUUUCCUGCACUGGACCAUUGUGAGGCCGACGCAUCUUCUGCAGAACUUUCAAUCGCCUCUGAGCACCUUUUGCUUUCCUGGUUUCGCUCAAGACAGAGUCCUCAGGGUUGCCUAUAAGCCUACCACAAAGCUAGCAUUCGUCGAUGCCGCGGAUGUGGGGAUUGUUGUCGCGGCCGCUAUAUCUUAUCCUGAGAAGUAUUCCGGUCGGGAGAUUGACCUAGCUGUGGAUGAGCUUACUAUUGGUGAAUUGGCACAAAAGAUAUCCAAAGCUCUGGGGACAGAAGUUAAGGUAGAGUUCUACUCCGACGAGAAGGUCAAAUUGAUGCAGCAAAUGGUCGAGGCGUCAAACAAGGAGUUCAGUCUAAGAUCAGUUGACGAGUUCUUUGCGGAAGCAACCUUGUAG